AACUCGACUUGUGUAUCCCUAACAAAAAAAUAUAUACAUCCUCCUCUUAUAAAAACAACAUUUCUGUAAUUUUUUGCUUUGUUGAGACAAAAAUUUAAAUAAAAUGUCCCACAAAUACUGUAAAUAAAUAUGUAUAUUGAAUUAAAUACUGUUUGUGUCCAGUGUGCAUAAGGAAUAAACAAAAUAGUGAUGAUACACAAUUUAGAAUUUAGGGAGUUGGUUGUCGUGAAAAAAAGAAAGAAAAGAACUUAGUUGUUGGACAAACUCUUGAAUGGUAAAAAUACCAAUAGACAGGAGGAAAAAACGAAGAAAAAAACUUGUGAUAUUCGGUUAAAAAGAAAAAAAUAAUGCUGCAAAAAUAAGCCGAAUAGAAUUGGACAAAAAACGGGAAAAAUUACAUAAAUUUUUAUCCAGAGGGAGGAGACGUUUUAACAAAAAAGAAAAAAAAGAAAACCCGAAAAAUAAAUUUCUUCCACCACACAUUUGUCGUUUGUGUAACUUGUCUCUGUAUGUAUGUAUGUUCAUUCGCAAGCAAGCAGGCAGAGCCAGUCAGAGUAUAAUACAACAGUAGACACAAAGUUUUUAAAGUUUGUGCUAUUCUGCAUGUCGUCUGAAUUUAAUAAACAUGGUGAAAUUGAUGGCCACCACCAGCAUACGCUUCUAUAUUAGCUUUCUGAUUACGAAUCAUGACAGAAGGACAUGAGAGCGAUUUUUUAGUAACAGUAAGAGCACAGGUUAUGACCAGAGACGAAAGCACCGAAGGUUGGUUACCACUGGCAGGGGGUGGUCUGGCCAACGUUUCGAUACGUAAACGUGCUAGGCUAUCCCCUGGUGCUACUGGACAUGAAUACAUCAUAUACGGUCAAAGAAUAUCAGAUCAAAGCGUUAUUUUAAGUUGCGUCAUUAAUCGCGACCUUAAAUAUUACAAAGUUAUGCCAACGUUUCAUCACUGGCGAGCGGGUAAACAGCGAAAUGGUCUUACGUUUCAAGCUGCUGCAGAUGCCAGGGCCUUUGAUAAAGGUGUAUUGCGAGCAUACAAUGAAUUAAUUGAUGGCAUGGCAAAAUCGAAUCCUUCCAUUAUAUGUCCACCACUGACCAAGUAUGAUUCUGUUGGCGAAGACGAUGUUUUCAUGACCCUUGACCUACCCUGUGAAUCUUUGGAAAAUAAACAAAAGGGCUACUCCAGUCCCGAGGGAAGUGAAAACAGUCACAGCUUUAAGGAUCGCGGGGAACGCUACACGGAAAGUUCUCAGGACAAAAAUGAUAAAGAAGUUGCCAAAAUUCAUUACAUAUCGGGUGAAAACUCUUGCUUGCAAACCACGCCAUCCCUACCUUCCAUGACCAGCUCAGCUCAAAAUAAGACAACGUCGAUGGUGAAUACCCACACAACGACAAGCACAACUGUAACAACUGUGGAAACAUCUCCAGUUAUAGCUCCUAGUGAAAAUUAUUCCUAUGUAACCUUAACUGCGGUUCAUGACUAUAAUUAUCCGGUAGUGGAUCAACCUGUGGCCGCACAAGUCCUAACACGUUGCGACUCGAUCACAACUCUGAAGAAAUUAAAUGCCAUUGAAGCUUCUCAUUGUUUGGCCGGUACUCAAUCUUCGCCCAUUUCCAAUGUCUUGAUCAAAGAUCCGGAAAUUGAUAUUCUCAAACAUAAAAUGCAACAGAAAUCAAAUCCGGUGGCACCAAUACAUAAUCAAAUGACAAGGUGUCGCUAUUGUCAGGAGUUGUACAAUGACGAAUGGAAUCGCAAAGGGGCUUGUGAGUUUGCACCAGACUGUUUUCGUUCGGGGUUCGAAUGCAUUUCGGGUAUAGGUUGUGCACGUUGUAUGCUUUAUCAUUUUAUGAGUGAUUCGGAGGGGGAAACACCCCAACAUCCCUGCGAGUGUGCCAAUGAGAGUGGAUGCACCAAAAGAUGGCUUGGUCUAACCUUGUUGUCUUUGUUGGUGCCCUGUCUGUGGUGUUAUCCUCCCCUUAGGGUAUGCCACCUAAUUGGCAUUGCCUGCGGCAUUUGUGGUGGGAAACAUAAACCACAAGUUUGACAUUGGGAGGCUGAAUUACAAAACAAUAAAACUAGAUGCAAACAAAAACACCACAAACAGCAGAAGCAGAAACAGCAUCCAGAGAAGCAGCAGCAAGGCUAUGAUGAUCUAUUUUCCUCGUCUUCAUACAAUUACAACAAUAGAUGGCAGCAGCGACAGCAAGAAUGCAAAAAUCAAUACGAAUGCGAUAUUAAUAUGUUCAAAAGACCACCACUACAAAACCAACAACAAUGCAAGCUUGUGGACGAUCGUCGUUCCACAAAAGCCGAAGAUUCCUUUAUACAUACCUGCAUUAAAAGCCAAAAUAACGAUUAUGGUAAUGUGUAUUACUAAAACCAUGCAAAACAAGCAGCAGCUUAACAAAACUCUCACCAAACCUUUACGAGAGUGAGAGAGAGAGAGGGAACUCAACUUGAGACUUCUCCUAUGUGUUUUUAUUCCUCUUUUUUUACUACUUAAUAAUGAGAAUUCCUAACAUGUUAUUACCGUUUUGUGGUCGAUUCUUUUGUACUAAAGAAAACAAAGGCUGCAACAGAUUAAGUUAUAGCCAGCAUUUGUAGAUUAUGUUAAUGAAUUUGUCCUGUGUACAUUAUAUUUUUUGCUCUUUACUUUAUUUCCCAUUUUUUUGUACAUACAUGUAUAGGAAGAAAAAAAAAAACAAAUCAUUUACACACACAAACACACACACAAAAUACUUCAAAGAAGUACCUGUAUAACUAUUAUUAUAAUUAUAAAUUAUUAAAUUUGCACAAACAAACAAAACAACUAAUUUUUUCUUCAAAUCAAAUUUAAUUUGUUCUAAAGAAAGAAAUAACCCUCACUAACAUACAUGUGUAUUUAAUUUAAGAAAGCCUUUGUUUUUAUUUCUAAUCUAAUAAUUUAAUGAAAACUUUUUUGUUUUGAAAAGAAAAAUAAUCGUUUUAAAAUGCUUAAUAACACCAGUAUUAUUAAUUUUAGUUAAUGUCGAAUAACUCUUUUUGGUUUCCGAAACAACAGAACACACAACAACACAAGUCCUUUGGUGUUAUACAUAACCUUACACUUUUUUAUUAUUUUUCUUUUUACUAAAUAUAAUAUUGUGAUUCUUACAACAUACACAUUUGUUUUACUCAAACGAAAAAGAAAAAAAUAAAAGAAAAAUUAAAACUUA